CGGCGGUUGGAGCGGUCGCGGCCCCAGCGGCGACCAUGACCCAGCAGGGCGCGGCGCUGCAGAAUUACAACAACGAGCUGGUCAAGUGCAUCGAGGAGCUGUGCCAGAAGCGAGAGGAGUUGUGCCGGCAGAUCCAGCAGGAGGAGGAGGAGAAGCAGCGGCUGCAGAGCGAGGUGAGGCAGCUGACGGAGAGGCUGGCCCGAGUCAACGAGAACCUGGCGCGCAAGAUCGCCUCUCGCAACGAGUUUGACCGGACCAUCGCAGAGACGGAGGCGGCCUACCUCAAGAUCCUGGAGAGCUCGCAGACUCUGCUUAGCGUCCUGAAGAGGGAAGCUGGGAACUUGACCAAAGCCACCGCCUCGGAGCAGAAGAGCAGUGGAGGCAAGGAGAGCUGAUGGGGCCUUAGGUGGGGAGGGGCCUGCCUCCCCACUCCCUCAGUGGCUCUGCCCCCAACAAGUCUGUUUUCAAAGUGUCUUUUUUCAUAGUAGCAGCCACCUCCUUUCACUGUCUCGGGUGCCGAGAGGCAGUUGCCCAGCUCCACCUGCCCCGGGUGACAAGUAAAGCCCUGGGCGCAGCCCUCCAGGUGGGGGUAUCGGCCCUGUACUCACAGGAUAUGGGGAGGACAGGCUCUGGGUCCGUUGCUCUUGGGGCUAAGGUCCCCACACCCCCCGGGGCUGCCAGAGAGGCCCUGCUCCCUAGUCUCACCAGCACAGCAGCCGCCUCACCUUGGUGCCCAGGCCAGGGGAGUAGGGGAGGGGCUGGGGCCCGCCCCCUCAGAGCUUGCCCUGGUCUGUGACGUUCAAUAAAGAUCGUCUUUGUAAAGAUA